GCUUAUGGGUUUAUUUCUCUCUUAGUUUUUUUUUCCCUUCUUUUUAAUGCUGUUCUUGUUGUUGAUAUUUUUCUCUUGGGUGUCUUGUUCUUUUAUGUGUGAUGCUUCCAAUGAUACAUUUUUAUUUUCCUGUGGGUUGCUCCCAUUUCUAUUUUAUUUUCAUUGCUUUCUAUUUUGCUUAUAGUAAGGCUAUUUGGUUUUAUUUAUAUCAGGCAUAGGUGGACUGGUAGAUAUGAAGCCCAUCCAUGGGACAACAGCUGCAAGGAAGGCCAAACUAGAGAAGGAAGGCAAGGUUAGUAAAACAAUAGGGGGAUAACCAUUUUCAGCAUUGUUGGUUUUUCCCUUUCACUUUUCCUUCUUUUUUUUUUUGUUUUUUUUGUUUUUUGUUUUUUGGUUUGAGUUUUUUGAAUUGUUGGCCUAACUGCUAAGAUAUGUGGUUUGUCUGGUUGUUUGCAUGUGCGAUUGCAAUCCAAUCGAAUGCCUAGCAGUUUAUUUGGGGGGGUAUGAUAUUGAAGAGAGAGCUAAAAGAGCUUACGACUUAGCGGCGCUCAAGUAUUGGGGACCUUCAACUCAUAUCAACUUCCCGUUGGAUAACUACCACGGAGAACUCGCAGAAAUGAAGAACAUGAGCAAGCAGGAAUAUGUUGCACAUUUGAAAAGGUAUGAAUUAUCCCUGUUAUCCUACAGCAGUAGCAGGCCGACUCUUGGCGAUACGCAGAAGACAGGAAGAGAUUUUUAUCCCUCUCAUACGGACACAACGUCCACAUCACUGCAAUGGAUCAUGGCGAACCUGGUGAAGCGUCAGGAUGUGCAGGCCAAGUUGGUGGAAGAGAUCGAUCGGGUUGUGGGGGAUGGACGAGAAGACAUUGAAGAGGAGGAUUUGCAGCGGAUGUCAUAUCUGAAGGCAGUGAUCAUUCUAGAAAAGAGCAAGGAAUCGUUGGAUUAUAGAAGCCUGGAAAUGAAAUGUUGAAUUGAAAUUGGAAAUUGGUAUAAAAAUUGAAAU